ACUUCCCCUCCCCCCAACGGCUAAAUUAGCCGUUACACUUUAAUAAAAAAUUAAUUAUUUUUUUUAUAAAUUUCGAUCUCAGCCCUUCAAUCAGCUUCACAUCUCUCCUUUCUUUAAUCUCCAAUAAUUCUCAAUAUAAUCUUCUUCACAUCUUUCAUUCCUUCAACUUGUUUUAACAUGAAACCCUCCGGCUCCGGCUUUUCCCCUGACGAUCUCGAGCCUAACGAGCACGCCAUGUGGAUCUUCCAACAAUACAGGAGUAAUCCAACGUUAUUCAAGACGCAACCAUUGGCGUACGUCUAUGAGCGGGAGUCGGUUCUGGAGACUCAACCGGAACCAUCCGGCACAAAAAAAUGCAUGACAGAAAAGCCACAAAGUGAAAGGCACUCAAGCGAUGACCGAGCCGGCACAGGCAAUCCAAAAGUGGACGUCGGGGGAAGAGUGCUUGUUGGUUCGGAGCAAACGAAAGAUGCGAUGUGAGAUCGUAUCGAGGAGAAGUUCUUUACGGCGAUGAACAAGGACGCCUCGUACUGUACUCAGGACCUACUCACUUCCAAAUGGGCCACAUCAACCGUAAAGUCCGAAAGUUUAUCAGAGUUUACGAGGAAUGUGCUCGGUCACGAAGGAGCGGGACGAACGACGCCAAUGUUCUCCGACUCUCCACGGCCCGAUAUCAAGACGAAGGGCACCAAGGCAAGGUGCUCAUCAAUCUUUGGAGAAUUUUAAGGCGUUCACCAAAAUGGCAACAACUCCACAAUUCCGACACCUGAUCCUCAAAGAAAAGUUCCUCCGUCGAUGCCAAGGUUGAGGUCGAUGACAUUAUCGGUUCCUCCAAACAAAGGCCUCCCUUCAACAUUAACAAUUUCGAUGAUGAGGACCCUAUUCCACGGCCGAUCGGAAGAAAGAAGGCAAAAUUCAUUGCCUCGUGUUCUGAAGGGUCUGGCUCUAUUUCUGUUUUUUCUCACAAUGAUAUCGAUCGGGCAAUGGUUGAACAACUUGAGAUGUUCAAUAUUCAAGAAGAAGAGAGGGCGAGAAGGAAGAGAUCCAAAUAAUGAAAACUUACCUUGAUA